AUGCCCCGCAGCGUUCGAUCUCAGGGCCGGGACACCCUGGGCCACGGUGCCCUUGUCGGCGCGCGGCGCUGUAGCAGCGCCCGCCUCCCGCUUCCCGCCUCCUGCCUCGGUGGCCGCGCAGGGUGGGAGUCGAGAGCAUCCCCAGGCGCCCAAGCCAUGGUGGCCAAACAGCGGAUCCGGAUGGCUAACGAGAAGCACAGCAAAAACAUCACCCAGAGGGGAAACGUAGCCAAAACCCUGAGGCCACAAGAAGAGAAAUAUCCUGUUGGGCCAUGGCUGUUGGCUCUGUUUGUUUUUGUUGUCUGUGGCUCAGCUAUCUUCCAGAUCAUACAGAGCAUAAGGAUGGGCAUGUGAGAGGGCCAGGAUGGUGUACGCUGCUGCCCUCCUGCUGGCAGGUGAAGGACCACUGAGGCCCGCAGUGGGUCUAUAGGAAGCAAACAAGCCAUGGGUGAUAGAAAGGAGGUCCCCUGUUCCCUUCCACUCCAUGGUGGAGGUCAGACCAAAUUGCCUUCUCACAGGACAUCUCCGUGCAUCUGUGUCCUCCAGCGGAAAGGACUCUGCUCUUCUGUUGGCUGAUCGGAAGUCACGUGGGGGGACCGGGCGGCUGUGCUGUCUGUCUGGUUCCCGGGUUUCACUGUGGUGUGCAUGUGGCCCUCUGAGCGACCACCCCUUUAAUCCUGCCAAUCAGUCUCUUCUGUGUCAGGAAUUGAUUUUACAAAUAAAUGUCUUCAUUCAACCUAAAUACCAUGUGCGAGUUACAGAGCGUAACACAAACAGCAGAGGAGCCGAAGAGGGACUGGACCUGGCGGGUGAGAACUGGGUUAGGCAGUGGGUUUUUACCAGGUUCCCACCCUGACUUGACACCAUUGCCUGAAUGCAGUGAUAGGCAGCUCUGAUGGUUUUUUUUGUUUUUGUUUUUUGUUUUUUUUUUUUUUUUUUUGACACACUUGACUUGUUUUUAAAAGUGUUCCUAUAUACUUGUGUAUGUAUGAAUUUGGAUAUGUAUUUAUCUCUUGUUUGGGUUUUGUUACUUCUUUCUUCAGUCAAAAAAAAAGGGCGCCUAUAAUGUGUGU